UGAUAUAGAGGAAUUAGCUUACCUUUUAUUCAGAAAUUCUACAAAGUCGUAUGUAUGUCAGCUGAAGACAGGAUGUGGGCACAGAACCUGGGAUCACUGUUUAGAUGAAACUCAGAUGCAUGUACAAGCAGUAGUAACAUACUUGUUUUGUUGGUGAUAAUUUGUUUUUCUCCUGAGGUUCUGGACCAGUUUUCCAUUAGAGCACUCAAGAAGAGAUAAAAUUAUGUUACCUCAAGAAAAAGUGUCUUUACCUUGAAGAUCUAGAUUCUAAAUUCAUAAGAGUCCUUCAUCAGUGAGCUGGGUAGCAGAUUAAGCUCAUGUGGCCCAUUGAAGGGCCAGAAGUACCAGGUGGACUUGAGGGAACCUGAAGUACACUUUCCUGAAUGUACAGGAAUUUGCUUAUUAAGCAAUCUCAGCAGGAUGCACAUACAGCUUUCUUGAAGCAAAACCUAGAGAUUAAAUGGAAUGCAAUCUCACAAUUUUCCAGUGAACAAUGUGGAGAACAGUGGUUGGAGGGAUGCUGGCCCUUUAACAGGUGAGGGCAGGGAGGAGUUGGGGCCUCUUUAAAGCUGAGAGCAGCAAAUAGGCCCUGACUGCCAUGGCUACCCUAAGCAGGAAGAACAGCAACAGUCAAGCGCUUUACCUUCCAGAGGCUGACAAUGCUUUCUCAGUGGAGGACACAGCCUUAGAGGAAGACUGCCAGCCUACCAAGAUGAAAUGUCUCGAAGGCCCACAUUUACACCAAAGGCCAGGCAGGCUGUGUGGCCCCAUGAUUCCUAAGGCAGAAGAGAAAAACAAAGUGGCAGAGGAGGAGGAUUUAGAUCCAUAUUUGGUCACAGACCCUGAUGAAGAAGAGAAUGAUCUUGGGGAUCCAGCUGCACUCGAUGCCACUCAUUACAUGCAGAGAGGUCUAUUCAGCUCUCUUGGAAUCAAGAGCCCUGGUGUGCUGGGGAUGUCACCUGCCUCCUUGCACUUUCUGUGGCAGUCCCUGCACUACCUGUCACCAAUUUCUUUCCAGCCUGCAUUUCCCAACACCAGCUCUCCAGCUCGGCAUUUUGGACCUCAACAGCCCCUGCUAGACUCAUCUCUCUUCUGCAAUUCACUGCCCUCAUGGCCUUCUAGGCUCAGUCAUCUGACCCAGCUCCACCCUCAGCACCAAAGGAUCCUGCAGCAGCAACAGAGUCAAACACCAAGUUCCUCAGCCAAGAAGACUUGGUUUCAGCAGCCAGACCCUUAUGCUAACCUCAUGACCCGAAAAGAGAAGGAUUGGGUGACAAAAGUGCUGAUGGCUCAGCUGCAGAGCAAGAACCCCCAUCUGGAAGAUUAUUACUAUCAGAAAUAUUAUGAGAAGCUAGAGAAGAAGGCAGACGAAGAAAAACAUGGACAAAGGAACAGGGUUCAGUCUCCUAAGUUGGUGACACCUUAUGUUCAGAAGGCAGAGGCUUAUGAAUCAGUGGUUCGUAUUGAAGGUUCCCUGGGCCAGGUAGCUGUAUCAACAUGUUUUAGUCCUCGCCGAGCUAUUGAUGCUGUAUCUCAUGGAACUCAAGAGCAGGAUCCAGCAGCGGCAAGCAGUCAGAAGCUUCGGGUAUUAUGCAAGAUUGAGAGGAUGUUCCUUCCGUUACUAGAGAUAGAGGAGGGCCAGAAGGAUGGGCUUCCACAGCCCUGCCCCUUUGGGCAGCAGGACAACCAGGUUGAGAAGCUCUUCCAAGCCUUAAAGGCCCAGGAGCAGAACAACCUAGAGGAGAUAGCAGAUAGCUUCCUGCAGGUGCUCUCUGUGAGGAAGGGGAAAACCUUGGUGGCCCGGCCACUGCCCUUUCUGCUACCUGAUCAGGCUGUUAGCCUUCUUCUGGUUAUUACCCAGCAUCUGCCCCUCCUGAUCCGGAGGGAUGUGACUGACCAGGCCCUACAUAUGUUAUUCAAGCCUCUGGGAAAAUACAUCAGUCAUUUGACCUUCCAUAAACUCCUCCAAGGACUUCAGGGGCUACUGUUGCUACCACCUGGCUCCUCAGAGAACCAGGUCACUGUGGUACUUCAGAACCAGUUUGGAAUAUCUUUGCUCUAUGCCCUGCUGAGUCACGGGGAGCAGCUGGUGUCCCUGGAUUCUUCCCUAAAGGAACCCAACAGGGACCGCACAGCUUGGACAGACAUGGUAGUUCUGGUUGCCCGGGAGAUAGCUCGAAUGCCUACAGCCUCUCUGGCAGAACCCCUAGCCUUCCCUAGCAACCUGCUUCCCCUGUUCUGUUGCCUCAUGGACAAACAACUGGUUCAGCAGCUGGAGGCCAAAAUGGAGGUUGUCUGAUCUACUGAUCAGUUUGUUUUGGAAUACCUUUACCGGUAUGUAGGAGGCUUAAUCAUCCACAAGAAGUUGUAUGAGUGCUCUACAGCAAUCCAGACAGUCUGAAGAUAUUUCUCAUGCCUUGGGAUAUUGGAAAGCUCUGCCUCAAAUAUUUUCAUUUCCUUUCUUAAAAUCUAAAUGUUCCUAAAAAUGAAGCAUGGAUUAAUAAGAUAAUUAAAGAGGUUUACGUGGGAGGAUUUUGAUAACGGCAGCACACCAACACACAAGCCCAAAUUGCUUGCUCUUAGUGAAAAUUAUGAACUGCUUAUCUAUGAAUUUAAUUUGGAAGAUGGAAGAUGUGAUUCAGCUGUAUUGUACAGCUGUAGUGUAAAG